UUAUCCAGUAAAAUGAUUAGUUGUGAAAACAAUUGGCAGAUUCACCAUGAAAAUUAUUGUCAGCUCACCUACUCAUCAAUGAGAAAAAUGUGAGAUUAUGCAUUGUUCCGAGAGCAGAUGUCUGACUAGCUGGAAAUGCUGGCUAUGAAAAUAAGACGGUGAUGAGCUAAUAUUUGUUGAGGCAAAAUUGUGGGGGAUGUUAUUCUUGCUCUGUUGAUACCUGCAGUCAAAAGUAAUAAUAUUGCAACACCUACAUUUCAGGUUUACAAAUUUAAAAGGUGGAUCAUAUGUAGAUUUAUCCGUCAAAUAACAUCAGCAACAUAGGACGCCCAAAGGCAAGUUGGCAUAUUGUUUUAUAGUCUAACCCGGAAACAAAGUGGACUGUUUGUUUACAUUUCAAAUUAAGAGCUUUGUAUAGCACUGCACUCGCAAUAACGGAAAUGGCUGUAACACACUCAGUUACUAGAAUUGUAACAUAUUUUGAUUAAAAUGUAUGGGCAGUAACGUUUGUAAUUCACAGCUCCCUGACUGAAAGUGCAGACCAAAAUUACAAAGCCGAAGCUAGCUAGUGAAUCUAACGGGUAGCCCGUUAAUUUAAAAACAGCAUAAAAAAAGGUGGCGUGAAGUGGAUAAUUAACUUUUCUCAUUUUCUAUCCUCUCGUGACCUCUCACACCUCCUCGUGUAGCUUAACGCCCUGUCUUCAGCCAUCUGGUUUAAGCUACCAUUAUUUAGCUAAUGCUAGCGCUACAAUGACCUGGAAGGCGACCACCCAAAAGAACUGGUGCCCCGCUGCUCGUGCUCUUUAACGUUGCUGACUUUAUUUCAAGUGAAUACAAUUUAAAUUAACCAAGUAUGAUUUGUGCAGGGGUUGAAGACGACCCCUUCCCUGUCGACGACUGCCUGUUUGCGGAAACAUUUUCUCAAGAUACCGUUUACAAUUUAGUCGGGCAAGAGUUGAAGAUAAGACAGGUGUUCGGUGCCAACCUCGGUGUGGCCGCCCCGGUCUGGGAAGCUGCGUUACACCUAUGUUGUUACUUCGAGGAGCAGUCGGUGGAGCUGAGAGGGAAGCGCAUCAUAGAGCUGGGAGCAGGAACUGGUGUGGUCGGUAUUUUGGCAGCACGCCUUGGUGCAGUCGUGACUCUCACAGAUCUUCCGUUGGCCCUCCCACAUCUUCAGGACAACGUCUCUGCUAACAUGCCAUCCAGUGGUUGGCCCACCACUCCUCCCAUCGUCCUACCUUUAUCCUGGGGUGAGGAUCAUGUGAACUUCCAUACUGACUGGGAUCUGGUGCUUUGUGCAGAUAUAAUUUACCUCCCAGAGACAUAUCCUCUGCUCCUGGAGACACUAGCUCAUUUGUGUAAGAACGGAGCUAUGGUGUACCUCUCGUCCAAAAUGCGGAAAGAGCACGGGACUCUGGGUUUCUAUGAGGCAUGUCUACCAAGCACAUUUAGUGUGGAGCUGGUGAACCGUGAUGACAAACAAAACAUUAAUAUAUACAGGGCAUCUCUAAGGAGAGACCAGUGACAGCAGGAAGAGCCUGCUACAGACCUGGGAUAUGGAUUAGUGACCGUACUGAGACCAGCGUCGACUCAGGUCUCUCAGGUGCCUUUUUCAAAAGAGAAUUAAAAAAAAAAGUCAAAGCAUCAUGCAAAGUGUAACAGCUGUUUUUGUUUUGUUUUUUUUUUUGGAUAAUCCAGUGUUGAUGUCAUCCUUUCAUCAAGUGUCUGAACUUGAAGCUGAACGUGUUUUACGGUCCCAUUUACAACGCAACUACUGCUUCCUCUCAGUGGGUUUUUACUGCGUGGACAAAUGUUUCAGUAAAUCAAUUGAGUCCAAAGGCAUUAAUGCUUUCUCUAGCUUUGUUAUCAGGUCAGAGUGGGUGUUUUGAGUUGAACCACACUGUGGAACCUUGUUCAAUAACUACUUCCUGUUUAACUGGCUGACCAUUGGUUUGUUCAAAUAAGGUGGUACUUUCAUUUCCUCUUAAGUAGUAUUUUACAAAUGAGAUUGUUUUCAUGUUAGUACAAGUGGGAAAAUACAAUGUCAUUUGUUCUCAAUUAAGUAUUCUGAUGAUUUGACACUAGUGUGAAGAGUGUGAUUUUGUAUGGAUUGUAGAUGUGUUUUUUUUUCCUCCUAAUAUUUUUUUAGAGCAUUACAGCAUGUGUUUGCCACUGGAAAAAUAUCCUUCACAAGACUUUUAAUGGAACUGAUUGGGUAUAUGUUACAUAUUUCUUUGUUAUUUUUAACUGGAGUCUAAAUAUCGUUGACUUUGAUUCUUUAGAUAAAACAGCAUUAUUUUGUCAAUUAAAUUUGAAUGUGGCUCAGCAGUCCAGAGUGACUUGUUCUCAGCCUUGACUGGGAUUAUAGUCACCUAACUGGAGGAUUCAGGCUCUUUCUUUUUGAGUCCAUUUUGUCACCGUCAUUGCACAUAGUUUCUGAGAAGAGCUUCACUGUGCUAUCAGUGCAUUUCUAAGGCAACUUCCUCCUUGCCUCUGAAGUUAAAAUCUCUAAUCUCUUUUCCCCAUCUCUGUUUGUCCUAUCAGUUAAACCUCUCAAGUGUCUCAUCACGUUCAUUUUAUCAGUACAGACGACACAGCAACCUGCUCGUACAUGCUCGGACAUCCCUGUUUGGUUUCCGUGAGGGUGUUGAGCAUGUUGCAAAGAUGUCUAAGCUGCAUUAUCUUCAGAUUAGACUGAAAACAAAUUGUUGCUUUAAAUGCCCUGAAAUCAGUUUUCUCAGUAUGUUUUGGUGGGUCCUAUAUGAAUAAAAACUUUUCAGAACAGU